UCCGCAACGAGUGUUUUCGAAUUCAAUGAUGAGUUUGUUAUAGUUGUAGCCCGAUCGACUGGGCCAAGAAACUUCCAACAUGUCCGACGAGCAUGCCGAUGCCGCCGACCGUAUUUCUGUCGCAGCACGAAGCCUGUGCUAGGUCGUUGGCGGAAUAUCGACGCUUUUGUUAAGGAAUCCAGCUGUUUCCCUAGAUACGACGCCAAGUGCUCAAAAGGCCGGAGGAUAACCCAGGUGAACCACGCGCCACGGAACAACGUACGAGCAGAAGAGGACUGCUGUAACAACUCAACAUGGACGGGUCUCCCGUAACAACUAGCUACAUGGUGACCCCGAACCCUGCUUCCAGUAGAUGGGCGCGGAUUCUCGUUUCGCUAUGCUCGCUGCUGUUCGGCGUAAGUGCUUGGGUGAGCGUCAACGGACUUUGGGUGCAGAUGCCACUGCUCGUGCCUGUACUACCCGAGGGCUGGAAUCUCGGCUCAGUGCUCGUCAUUGUAAUUCAAGUGGCCAACGUCGGACCGCUUGUUUACACGCUUGCUAGGAACUACCUUGGGAUCCGUCCCUCGGUGCACGCGACGCUGUUCGUGGGCCUGGCAGCGAGCGUGCUGAUGGUGUUCUUUUGGCGGCACACCGUGGGCGAGCACAGCGUCGCCUUCAUCGCGCUUGCCUUCUUACUCGCCUGCGUCGACUGCACGAGCUCAGUGCUCUACAUGCCCUUCAUGGCCCGCUACCCACCACGGUUUCUCUUCUGGUACAUGGUUGGUGAAGGACUGAGCGGCCUCGUUCCAGCCACCAUUGCACUGGCACAGGGUGUGGGCGAGCAGACAGCGGCCAAAUCGGGCCGUGCGAAGGGUCCCCGUUUCAGCGUGGAGGUGUUCUUGUCCAUGCUGGCUGGCAUCGUGGCAAUAAGCUGGAUAGCCUUUAUUGCCCUCGCCCACUGCCAGGUAGCCACUGCGCUGCAGGUUCGUGAAAAUAAAAAAGGCCAGCGAUAUGGUGCUGCGGAUAACCAUGGUUACGAGCCCGAGAAUGGUGUAGCCACCGUGAGCAGCCAAAGUAGCGUCGAUGGCGUCCCGCCCUCUUCGGGCGAGAGUCCUUCGCUGAACCGACAAGGCCGCCUGAAACGCUCUCAGUGGUGGCUAGUGCUUAGCUUGCAGGCUCUCAUCGCCUGCCUUGGAAACGGCGUCCUUCUCGCCAUACAGACGUAUUCGAGCCUUCCCUACGGACAACUUGCCUACCAUCUGGCGACCAAUCUUGCUGUUAUAGCCAACCCGGUGUCGUGCUCCGUGGCCGCCUUACUUCCUCUUAAGAGCCUCGGAGGACUUGUGUUCAUCACGGCAGGUGGGCUGGGUUGCGCGGCGUACAUCCUGCUACUCGCCGUGCAGAGUCCGAACCCUAUUCUGGUUGGAACGGCCGCUGGAGCAGCCAUCAUGAUUUCUUCGUGGGUGCUGUUCGUGUCCCUGACGACGUUUGUCAAGUGUCGCCUGGCGGCGGGCACCAUGGCGCAUGGCGGUGCCCGCUCUCUCAUGUGGUACGGUGUCGCCACCCAGGGCGGCUCCUUCAUCGGUGCUAUGCUGAUGUUCGUGCUCACAAACUAUACGCACAUAUUCAAAUCUGCGUGACGGCUGUAUCAACACGCUACGUGCUUUCGUACUGAAUAGGCGGGACUAUUUGGCGGGAACAAUCUCUUCAACACGCAGCCCGCCACGCUGUAACUCCUUUCAGAGACACAUAACGAGUUUUCUCUCUC